AUGUAUGUGACCCAGAAGGCGAUAAAAGUACAGGCUUUGGCUGAUUAUCUUGCAGAAAAUCCUGUCAAUGAAGAAUAUGAACCGCUCAAGACUUAUUUUCACGAUGAAGAAGUAUCGUUUCUGGGUGAGGAUAUUUCUGAAACUUACCCUGGUUGGAGGCUAUUCUUCGAUGGGGCGGAAAAUCAUAAAGGAAGAGCUAAGCUCCAGUUUAAUUGCACGAACAACAUGGACAAAUAUGAAGCUUGUAUCCUCGGUUUGAAGAUGGCCAUUAACAUGAAUGUCCACAAGCUGUUUGUUAUUGCAGAUUUAGAUUUAUUAAUUCAUCAGGUUCAAGGAGAAUGGGCCGUGAAGAACCCGAAGAUCACACCAUUUGGAGUGCCAAAAUUCAUCAUUACUUAUAAGGGUGCAAAUCUCAACAGUCACUUGAUGAGAGAUAUAUGUGAGCAGUUUAAGAUUACUCAUCGAAUCUCAACUGCUUAUCGUCGUCAAUGA